AUGGAUGAUCUGUUGACGGCUGUGAAGACCGUCAAACAGAGCAAUGAGCCUUCCUCGGCCACAAUUCAGCCAAACAAUCGGAAUGACGCUGCCAUCAAAAUCUCCUUCGAUUUGGCCGGUGACCUCGCACCUACUCAAAUUAUAGAUUUGCUAAAAUCUAGACCUUCUCAGGAGGAGCUGUCUUCUGUGCUCGCAACACUAGAUCCAUACAAUAAAUCCAGAAAGCUCAAUCUGGAUCUCCGAAUCCCAGGCCCUGCCACAACUCAGAUUCUCCAGGUGUUAGUCAGCACCACUAUCCCAGACCACUGGGCACCCCUCAGCGAUGGGAAGCAUUCGAAAGAUGUCAAGUCGAAAUCUGCCUUACUCCGCUGCUUGAGCAGCGUGCCUGGGAUUGCAGCUCUAUUAUCGCAGCUCCGUCUCCUCAUAUCAGCAAGAAACUCGCCUCAGAAAGCCGAGGCGUCAAGUGGUCAUGCUACCAUUCAAGAUUUGCUCUCGGUCACCGCGGCCUUGCUAGAGCCCCAGGAUUUUUUGUUUCGCUUGCGCAAAGACAUCGAGACACUAUAUCAAAACCCAACAAGGCAAAAGAUUGCGUGGAACGAACUCUUAGCGCUUGUGGCCUCGGGUAAGAUCAUUUCUGUCGCAGCAGAGGCACUUACCUGCCUCAAUGGAGCUCCACCACCUGCUUCUAUUAUAUGGAUAAGUGAAGGCCGGUCUUAUGCUCCCUGGAUUGGGCGUAAUAUAUCUCUUUUCAUCUCGCGGCUUGAACCUACUGAUGAACCUGGGUUGAACUCAGUAGCAUCCUUGACGGAGCGCUCCUUGAGCCUGGGUUAUUCAUCUCUUUUGAUACCUUCAAUCUACUCGCAUAUCCUGGAUGAUCCGUCAUUUGCACAAGGAUUCCGCUUGUUCCUCAGCCAUCUCCGGCACUCGGCCCAAGUCACGGUCCUUCAACUUAUUCUUGUGAAUCUCCCCGUCAAGCAUCCUGCUAUCCGUGCUUGUGACUAUCCUGCAGAUCAAAGCGAGUGUAAUGAUGUUAUUUCUGGCAUAGCAGCUUUAUUGUCCCGCAUAAUCGGUGAUCGUGCCGAGAUCAAGCAUCAAAUAGCAGACUGGCUCACAAAGGGUCAAAUCACCGCGACCUUCUCAACCGGAGUAUAUCGCGGUGUACUGACAAUAUUCAAUACUGAUGCUCUUCAAAAUUUGCUGAUGCGUAGCCUUGAGAAUUUUGGGGACAAGUUUGCAAUUAACCAUAACAGCGAUCGCGACCAUGAUGCCAAUGCUCAGGUCAUUCUACUAGCUGCAGGUCGUCUAUGCCGCCUUGAUUCCUCUCGAGUCAAAGAGGCUGGCCGUUCCAGCGCUUACCUUAACGCCAUAUCAAACCGAAUUGGAUCCUCAUCAAACCGCGCGCGUUUUAUGGGCAUGGUCGUUGGAACGGCCAUUUCUUCUCUUAUUGACGAACCGGGGAAUUCCAUGAAGUUUGAUCUUGAUGAAAUGAAGAGUGAUGAGGCUAAGUGGUACUUAAGCUUGACCAAAAUUUUUGAUGAAGUCGGGUCGUUCGAUUCGAUGAAGGCGCUGUCUAAUUCGCUACCUUCAAAACCUGCGCCAAAAAAGCCCUCUCAAAAAAUUGAGACUCCUUCUAGAGGCUCGCGAAUAGUCGAGGUCCCCAGCGAAGAUGAGGAUGAGGAUGAGGAAGAGGAAGACGACGACCUUAUCCCGUAUGAGAAACCAGAUGAUGAUUUCGAGGAUGAGGAAGAUGAUCCGACUCUUGUUCAGCGAAACAAGCCAACGGCGCCUGUAUACAUCCGUGAUUUAAUCACAUACCUUCGGGAUAACGAGAAUGUCGAACGUUAUCAUCUCGCGCUCUCGACUGCACCAUCUUUGAUACGUCGCAAAACAGGCUUCGGCAGCGAAUUAGCAGAACAGGUUGAAGAAUUGGCAUUGACAAUCGUUGGUCUUCAGAAUGAAAGCGACUAUCCUCAAUUCCACGAAGCUCGGCUUCAGAGUAUGAUCGGUUUGAUUGUCUCACAGCCUCAGAAAAUGGGACGUUGGUUCACAGCCAUCUUUUUCGAAGGAGACCUUUCUCAAGUACAACGAUCUGCGGUACUCACAGCCCUCGGCAUCAGUGCUCGAGAAAUUGCCGGCAAUGGAGAAGACGAUGCGAAAGCACUGGGUCUCCCUGCCUUGAAGGACACCUCGUUCCCAUCCAAACGACUUACCCCCGCACUUGAGGCUAUGUUUCAAGAUCCCAAAGAAUCUCCUGUGGCCGCACUUACUAGAGAAAUAUCGCGCACGUCGCUUCAGCCACUGGCAGCUGACGCCGCAGAUGCUGUCUCUGGUCCGAAUGCUCUCAAGGUCCGCACAUUCUCAUCUCGUAUGGACGUUGAGAGGAGGCGUCAAGAGCGUGAUGCUCAGCGUCAACGUUCAACAGCCAAGGAAUUGCACAAGGUUCUUGCUGAAGGAUUUUUCUACCCUCUGGUAAAUCGUUUCAAUGUAGUCAUGCUGCAAUUCUCCUCGUCAUCAUUCUCAUCCUAUAACCCAUUUACAGUCCCUCAUAUUCUGACUCUCUUCCUCCAAACCCUAUCGCUCAUACUUUCCACGUCGGGCCCAUACACCACUUUUCUUCCAGGUCUCACCCAGGAAACUCUUUCACUCCUGCUAUCUUUACACACCAGUCCUUUCUCCAGUGAGCCAACUGUUUCGGUUGCCCUUCUUACGCUCUUUUUGGCUUUACUUGACUUGAACAUCGCCUCUGGCUCCAAUGGAGAGGAGCGUUUGGUCACCGAACUUGCUUCGCAGGUCAUCGAGCUUCGCGAAUGGGCUUCUCAGGUCUUUGAUAAUACGCCACCAACCUCGAAAGCACCUUUGGCUCCAGGAGGACCUCCUGAUCCGCGAGAACAAGUCCGUACUUUAGCUGCUGGGGUCAUGGUCCGAUUAGGCGAGAUCACAGAGCGGUAUCAGGGGCGACUGAUGGGUGUCAACUCGGGAUUCAAAUACUAA